AAUUUAUAAAUAAAAAUAAAUGUAAAGCCCCUCGUAUCUCGAGCCCUCCAAAAUUUGAAUUCGAUUCGCAAGGAAACCCUACCACUUCCACUACCUUCUAUCCCUAUAUUAUCUCUCCACCUCCAGAUUUUGAGAUUAUACUUCACAUUUUCGGUAACGAAUAAAAAACAAAAUUAAAACCUCAGAAAACCCUCAACCCUUCAUCUCCAAUCCCUUUCUCUACCACCAAUAUCAGGGGAGAAGAGAUGGCGAAGAAGAAAGUAUCCAAUGCUCACCACGAGAAACACGAGGAUACGGUGAAAUCGCAGUCCAUGGACUCGCCGCCGUCUUCCGUCGACUCGGAGAAGAUCGAGAGCCUCAAAUCGCUGAAUCAGAUGCUGCUCAAGGAUGCGGUGGAGCGCCGCCAGCAGGUGGACUCCCUUCUCCAGUCCAAGGGCUCAUUGGAGUUGGAGCUGACUCGGUCGAAAUCGGAGAAGGAGGCUUUGGGGUCCGAGUUGGCUCGGCUUGCUGAGCGGGCUGCGGAACUGGAAGUUGAGAGGAGGGUUGUGGAUGUUUUUGUAGCUGUUCAGGUCGGUGUGAAAGGGGAGGAGUUCGAUUGGAAAAUGAAGGAUUUGGAGACGGAAAUUAGGGAGAAGGAGAGAGAGGUUGAGGGGAGAGAGAGUGAGAUUGUGAGGCUGAAUGGAGCGUUGAGUGAGAGUGAAGGUAAAUUGGGUGUUGAGAGAGAGGCUUCGAGGCGGGUUCGUGUGGAGAGGGAUGUUUUUGAAGGUAAGCUGAAUCAGCAAAUUGAGGAGGGUGCAGGGUUGAGGGCAAAUCUGACUGAAUUGGGGCAUAAAAUGAGGGAAAUCGAGAGGGAGAUUGAAGAGUCACGAACUGCCUACAAUGCUGUUGUGCGUGAGAAGGAAGACAUGGAGGCGCGGAUCAAGUUGCUGAUGGGAGAGAAAGAUUUGUCGGCGAGGGGUUUGAUGGAGUCGAAUAAGCUGAUAGAGAAGAUGAAGGAAGAAAUAAGUGUGAUAGUUAGGGAAAAAGAAGGGGUUGAGAAGGAGAAGAAUGGGGAGAUUGGUAAAAGGCAAGAGUUGGAGAAUGUUGUGAGUGGACUGAAUGAGAUGGUGGCCAGCUUGCAGAAGGAGGAGGCGAAGUUGCAGAAAAUUGUGGCCGAGUUGGAUCAAAAGCACGUUGAGGACGAGGAGAAGCUUAGUCUGCGGGAGAUGGAUAUUGUUCGAUUGGUUGGAGAGAUGAAGUUGAAUGAGGAUAUGAUUAAGAGGUUGGUUGAUGAGAAAGGUGUGAUUGAGAAGGAAUUGAAUGAUGUGCGGAAGAAUUUAGCUGAGCGGAAUCUUGAAAUACAAGGCUUAGCUAAUGAGAAGAUUGUGCUAUUGGAGGAGAAACGUAGAGUGGAGGACCAAGUUGGAGAGUUGGGAAGCCAUGUAAAUAAACUCAAGGCUGCUGUUGUCUUGUUGGAGGGGUCGAUUGUGGAUUAUGUAGACAAAAUUAGGAGCUUAGAAUCUCAAGUUGGGGAAUGUAAGAGUAAGCUUGAGAAGGUUUAUGUUGAAAGGGAUGGAGUGGAACGUUGCCUCGAUGCGGAGAAGCAGAAUGCUCUGAAAUUGAAGGCGAAGAUUGAGGAAUUAGAGAAGAGUAUCGAGGCAAGCCACAGGGCUAGUGGGGAGGAGAAGGCGGAGAAGGCUGCAAUCUUGAGUGAGAAAGUGGAGUUAGAAAGCCAGCGUGGAAUGCUGAGGGAGGAGAUUGCUUCUCUGCGUGAAACCUUGGUUAAAUUGCAGGCUGAAUUUGAUUCGAUGAAGAGUAAGGCGGAGAUAGCAGAGGCCAACUCGGAGCUAGCGCUGAAUAUGUUGAAGCGCACAUCGUCAUUCUGCUCCAAAGAAGAGUGUGAUGAUGACAACGUGCAUGUUGAUGGCGGGGUGCUGAAGGUGCACGCGAAGGAAAUGGAGAUGAUAAAGAGUGCUUUCAAGAGCCGAGCUGCGAAAGUGGAGGACAUGAAGAGGCAGUUGGAGGUGCUGCGGAGCUGUGUGGUGGACGAGCAGAAGAAGAAGAGCUUUUGGACUUUGUUGUCCUCGGCCACCACGAUCUUCGCUGUGGCGGUGUCUCUUGCUGCAUAUGUUGCUCGAAGCCAUUGAAACGCUGUCGUCUUGGGGAUUAGUGUUGGAGUCUUGAGCUGAGUUUUGAUGAUGCUAACAGGUGAACAAGAGAGACUAUGGCGUAGUGUAGUAGUUGCAACAUUUUCGUUUAUGAACAAAAUAAGCAAAAGCUUGAUGCUGAUGGCAAAUGUUGAUGCAAAUGGUAGUGUAGAGUAGAUGAGUAACAACUCUUUGCUUUCAUCUCCUUGUAUGCACUUACUCUUUCUCUAUAGUGAUGCCUCAUAAUUUCGUUUCA